AUGGCCAUGGCACCACCUGUGAAAGUAGUGUUAGGUUCCCUUGCCUUUGGGAUUUUCUGGGUUUUAGCCGUGUUUCCCGCGGUCCCCUUCAUGCCCAUUGGGCGCACCGCGGGCUCUCUCCUCGGCGCCAUGCUCAUGGUCAUCUUCCGAGUCAUAUCGCCCGACGAGGCUUACGCCGCAAUCGACCUCCCUAUUCUCGGCCUCCUUUUCGGAACCAUGGUUGUGUCCGUCUUCCUCGAGAGAGCUGACAUGUUCAAGCAUCUUGGCAAAUUGCUCUCUUGGAAGAGUAGAGGAGCCAAAGAUUUGCUUUUUCGCAUCUGUCUCAUCUCUGCUAUCUCGAGCGCGUUUUUCACCAACGACACUUGUUGUGUCGUUCUCACGGAAUUCGUCCUAAAAAUAGCAAGGCAGAAUAAUUUGCCGCCGCAGCCUUUCCUUCUAGCCCUCGCUUCUAGUGCGAACAUCGGGUCGGCCUCAACUCCUAUAGGGAACCCGCAAAACCUAGUUAUAGCCGUUCAAAGUGGGGUUCCGUUCGAGAAAUUCUUAGCCGGUAUCUUACCAGCGAUGCUCGUCGGUGUACUCGUGAAUGCGGCUAUCCUUUUAGGGUACUUUUGGAAGAUCUUGUCGGUCGAAAAGGACGAAGAGAUCGUGUCAAUUGCGAGUGAAGUGGUCGCGGAUGAUGAAGUGAAUUCUCACCGGUUUUCGCCGGCGACAAUGUCUCACCUUUCUUCUGCCAUGUCCCAAGAGAUUGAUUUACCGAUAGAUGCCAAUUCAUUGCACAGCGGGGAUCUCGGGUGUGGCGGUGGCGAUCAUAUCAGAAGCCAGCAUAAUACUUGUGAGAACGAGAUACAGAGCGGCUCGAGCGGCAGAACUGAGUUGACCAAGGCCUCAAGUUUAUCGAAGGAAAUGGUGGAGGGAGCGGCGAUUUCUCCUAGAAGAGACGAACACGUUCCCUCGAGGAGGAUUGUGAGAGGAACUAGCAACUUGAGAAAUACUGUAAGAGAAGAGUCCUCUUCACAUUCUUCGGAUGACAAAGAAGAUCCUGUUACAAGGUGGAAGCGAAUCAUGUGGAAGACAUCCGUCUAUCUCGUAACUCUUGGAAUGUUAGUUGCUCUUUUGAUGGGACUUAAUAUGUCGUGGACCGCGCUUACUGCUGCUCUUGCUCUAGUGGUGCUCGAUUUCAAGGAUGCACGCCCUUGCCUCGAGAAGGUUUCAUACUCAUUGCUGAUAUUCUUUUGCGGAAUGUUUAUAACGGUUGAUGGGUUUAAUAAGACGGGGAUACCAACUGCUUUGUGGGAUUUUGUGGAACCGUAUUCGCGGAUUGAUAAUGCUAGUGGAGUUGCACUUCUCGGCCUGGUGAUUAUCGUCCUCUCGAAUGUCGCCUCUAAUGUUCCAACUGUUCUCUUGCUCGGAGCUAGGGUGGCGGCUUCAGCGGCGCUUAUUUCUCGUGCCGAAGAAAUGAGGGCUUGGCUUAUACUCGCGUGGGUCAGUACGGUGGCUGGGAACCUCUCAUUGCUGGGCUCUGCAGCAAACUUGAUAGUGUGCGAACAAGCGCGACGUGCCCAAUUCUUCGGCUACAACCUCUCUUUCUUUGGCCAUCUCCGGUUCGGGCUCCCCUCGACCCUCAUCGUCACUGCGAUCGGCUUGCCCCUCAUUACCAGCCACUGAUGAGCCUUUUGCGAAUGCAAUUCGAUGUUUUGUAAACUCAAAUGUUUUUGUAUUCUUAGGAUUUGCAUUAGGGAAAUAAUGUAUUUGUAAUAUGCUUACUAAUUUUAACUGAUGCACAAUUGUUGUACUGCCGAAUAACGAAAAAGGCGACUUUCAUUAGUUGGUUAAUUACUCUUUUAGCAUCUGGGUUUAA